AUGAAGGUGUCAAUAUUAGUUGCGGCCUUUUUAGGCAUUGUUGUCUGUCCUGUGGCAAGAGCAUUUAGCUAUGACGAUUUCAAUUUGGAUACCUACAAAGACGAGUCCGAUGAUCAGUUAUUUAAGGCCUUCGAGAAUAGACGAAACGAUCAGUGGAAUUCUCGCAAUUACUUUAGCGAAGAGUACGAAGAGUCUUUUAGCGAAAAAGAUGACAUAAACAAUGAGUUUAAGAAUGUGGAAAGUUACUCACUAGAUAAGGAAAUACCUGCAUUCAUCAACUGGACACAUGAAGGUGUCGUCUCUCCAGUUGAGAACCAAGGAAACUUUAAGAACUCGUGGGCGUUUGCUGCAGCUGGCGUCAUAGAAAGCCGAAAAACUAUAAAAACUGGAAAAUUAGUCAUCCUCUCGAAGCAAAAUCUAGUUGAUUGCUGCAAAGCAGGCACAACUUUCGCUCUCGGUUGCAUAUUGGUUCUAGGAGGUAUUGACACUGAGACGUCGUAUUCCUAUCGCGGUCUCAGGGGAGGUUGUCGAUUCCAACGAAGGAAUGUUGGCGCUAAAAUCAAAAAGGUUUACAAAGUGAAGCCUGGCGAUGAGCUUGGCUUGGAGAAGAAAGUUGCCGAGGGUCCAGUAGCUGCUGAUAUCUCAAGAGAAGCAAUCAAGAAGUACACGGGCGGCGUCUACAACAAACCUUGCAAAGACACUAAAAACUAUUCCGUUCUUGUUGUGGGCUAUAGUAAAGACUUCUGGAUCCUCAAAACUUCAAUGGGAGUCAAUUGGGGAGAAAAGGGUUACAUGAAGCUUGCUCGUAACAAAAACAAUCUUUGUGGUAUUGCAAGUAGUGCUACGUUUCCUGGAUUUUAGAAAUAAUUUUUAAUCUGAAAGUUAAUUAAUAUUUCAAUA